GUUGUCAUGGAAACAGCAGAACUGCAGGCUGCUGUGUGUGUUUUGUAUCCUCCGUGUGUGUAUUUAUACAUGGCAGGGGGGAAGCCAAGCCCCUCCAUCCCGCCCCCCAGCCUCCAUCAGCGCUGCAGCUCAGGCACGAGUGCCUUUCAGAGUGGGUGGGGUUUGUUUCGCUGCAGAGGGAUGCUCCACAGCCCCACGCUGGACCAACCAGUCUAGAAAUUCCUGCUCACAGCUCUUCGACGCUCCGUCCUCAGCAGCUCACUCAGCUCUUCUUUCCCAACCGUGCCAAGCUGAACCCUACAAACUGGGAUCAUGUCCUCCAACCUGCCCCCAGUGACUGCUGCCGGGGCCAAAAACAAACCCAUCUCACCCUUCAGGAAGCGAGGCAGCCUGCAGUAUGCAGCAAGCACAGCUGAUCUCCGUGGUGCCCGCCACCUCCUCACUUCCCAGAAUUCCUUGCCUGGGAUCCCUGUGGCCUUGAAACAAUCCAUUGACCUGCGUACAUCCAUGGACGGGAAGUACAAAGAUAUUGCUGAGGAGCUGUUCUCCCGCACACUGGCAGAGAGUGAGAUGCGCAGUGCCCCCUAUGAAUUCCCAGAGGACAGCCCUAUCGAACAGCUGGAGGAGAGACGUCAUCGCCUUGAGCGACAGAUAAGCCAGGAUGUCAAGUUUGAACCCGACAUCCUCCUGCGAGCCAAACAGGAGUUCAUGAAGACUGACAGUGCCACAGAUCUCGAAUACAUGAAGGAGAAGAGCCAAUUUCCUGACCUGCAGGACCUGGUUCCAGAGAAAGAGUACCAGCGAGUGGCUAUUUCUGGAGAUGAGAAAUGUGGGGUUCCCUUCACAGAUCUGUUGGAUGCAGCCAAAUGUGUGGUGAAGGCUCUGUUCAUCAGACAGAAGUAUAUGGGUCUGUCGCUGCAGAGUUUCUGCAGGACCACUGCUCGUUACCUGCAGGAGCUGAGGGAGAGACCUCUGGACUUAGAUAACUAUGAGGAGGAGAUCUCAGAGACCGCAGUCACUGCAGAAACUUCUGGAAAUGCCACAAUGCACCCACCUGUCUCUAAAACGCACCCCUAUGAGAACCAGGACCCUGCCAGCAUGCCCCAUGAUAUGGGUUACGGCUACAAGAUGGUGGAUGGUGUCAUGCAUGUGUACACAACGAGGAACAUUAUGGAAAAGAGCACAGAGCUGGACCUGCCGUAUCCAGACCUGCAGGAAUACAUCGCUGAUAUGAACGUCAUGAUGGCCCUCAUUAUCAACGGACCAGUAAAGUCCUUCUGCUACCGUCGCCUGCAGUAUCUUAGCUCCAAGUUCCAGAUGCACAUUCUGCUGAAUGAGAUGAAGGAGCUGGCAGCACAGAAGAAAGUCCCACAUCGAGACUUUUACAAUAUCCGUAAGGUCGACACACACAUCCACGCUUCAUCCUGCAUGAACCAGAAGCACCUUCUGCGUUUUAUCAAAAGGGCCAUGAAGAAGUAUCCUAAGGAGAUUGUGCGUGUGGAAAAUGGCAAGGGUCAGACGCUCAUGGAAGUGUUUGAGACCAUGAACCUGACAGCCUUUGACCUGAGCGUGGACACCCUGGACAUGCAUGCGGACCGAAACACUUUUCAUCGCUUUGACAAGUUCAAUGCCAAAUACAACCCCAUCGGCGAGUCCAUUCUGAGAGAGAUCUUCAUCAAAACAGACAACUACAUUGAGGGGAAAUACUUUGGCCACAUUAUUAAGGAGGUGAUGGCAGACCUGGAGGAGAGCAAAUACCAGAACGUGGAGCUCAGGCUGUCCAUCUAUGGACGCUCCAGAGACGAGUGGGACAAGCUGGCCCAGUGGGCUGUCAAACAUCGGGUCUACUCCACCAAUGUGCGCUGGCUUGUGCAAGUGCCACGACUCUUUGACGUCUACCACACGAAGAAACAGCUGUGCAACUUCCAAGAGAUGCUGGAGAAUAUCUUCAUGCCUCUGUUUGAGGUUACAGUCAACCCCGGCAGCCAUCCAGAGCUGCACCUCUUCCUUCAGCACGUUGUGGGUUUUGACAGUGUGGAUGAUGAGUCGAAACCAGAGCAACAUAUCUUCAACCUGGACAGUCCGCUGCCAGUCAACUGGACAGAGGAGGACAACCCGCCCUACUCCUACUACCUCUACUACAUGUACGCAAACAUGACUGUGCUGAAUCACCUGCGCAGGCAGCGGGGGUUUCACGCGCUUGUCUUACGUCCUCAUUGUGGGGAGGCAGGGCCGAUCCAUCACCUGGUGUCUGGUUUCAUGCUGUCAGAGAACAUCUCCCACGGGCUGCUGCUCAGGAAGGCUCCUGUGCUGCAGUAUCUGUACUACUUGGCCCAGAUCGGUAUCGCCAUGUCUCCUCUCAGCAAUAACAGCCUGUUCCUCAGCUACCAUCGUAACCCUCUGCCAGAGUACCUGUCCAGAGGCCUCAUGGUCUCUCUGUCCACAGACGACCCGCUGCAGUUUCACUUCACCAAGGAGCCCUUGAUGGAAGAGUACAGCAUUGCUGCUCAGGUGUGGAAGCUGAGCUCCUGCGACAUGUGUGAGCUGGCCAGAAACAGUGUGCUGAUGAGCGGAUUCUCUGAUAGGGUGAAGUGCUCCUGGCUCGGACCGAAACACAUCAAGGAGGGGCAGGAGAGUAAUGACAUCAGGCGCACCAACGUUCCUGACAUCCGUGUGGCGUACCGGUAUGAGACCAUGUGCGAGGAGUUGAAUUUAAUCACACAGGCCAUCCGCACAGAUGAGCUGGAGACCAUCGAGGAGGAGGGGAGUCUGUAUAUGGGAGCUGUGUAGGAAGAGAAGUGAACAUGCAGCACAACACAAACACAAUUCUCACUCACUACAUUCAGUUUUCACAUCAGGACUUUGUACAGAUUUGCAUAUCAACAUACCACACCUGUGAAAAGAGAAAUGCUUUGUUACAAGAAGAUUAUGAAAGUUGCUACAGUGGUGGUGUGAGAGAGGACCUAAAAUCUGUGUAUCCAAGGUGUCUACUUCUUUUAGUUUCCUUUGUCAUUCUUUGUUUACUUUGUCAUGGGGAUUUCACGAUGAUUCUCAAUGUAUUUAUUUUAAAUUUUUAGAUUUCCAUGGUUUGUGAGUACAUUUUGUCAAUGUUUCUGCAGUUUUUCUACAUACAGGGCUGUAGCUACCAUGAUACUGAGGUCAUGUUCUUUUGGUAUCUUUUCUGGCAAUUCUGGGGGUUUUAGUGACUUUGAGGGGAGUUUACUUUCUGCAGUUAAAAACUUACACAUGGUGAGUAUUUUCUUAGGCAGUAUUUAUAUUUAUAUUUAUUUUCUUUCUUUUUGAAAGGUAUUUAUAGACUCCAAAUAUUUAAUUUGGUCUACCUUUAGCCCCACAAGAGACAAAGUUCUUCUAUUUUAGUUAGUUGUGAUUUCCAGGAGCUGGUUGCACCAGCUGUUAAUUUCAAACUUAGCGUAGCUAUAAGGGCUUUCUAAGUUGAGAUUUAUGUAUCAUCAAAAUAAAACAUGUUCCACCACACAAAGCUCUUACCAAGAGAUUAGUUGUUACUAGCUAUUUAUGCCAAGUAACUGCUAUCUAACGAAUUGAACUAACUGGCAAAGAUAACAUUAGCUUGCUGAUAACGCUAGUGAGGUCAGAGCAAUCGUAUAUUUUCCAUUCAUUCAAAACUAUGCAUAUAUUAAUA